AGUUUUAAUACUAGAAAUUACUGUUUUGUGCCAUUUGCAUCGAUUCGCGUGUAUAAAUAUCCUAACGCGCCUGUGAUAAGUACAACACUCGCGCUUAAUCCAUCAAACGAGAAACAAUGAAGACUUCCAUGAUUCUGCUACUCUGUGCCGCAAUCGUAUUGGUUGCAGCCGAAGACAGGAAGGGUCCUUCUAAUACGCACCAGGACGCCAAGCAGCAUGAGAGUCACGGUCAGCAGCAGCAGCAGCAGCAGCAACAGCAUCAGCUGAAGCAACAGAAGCCUCACGAACAGUACCACCAGGGUCCAGCUUCCCAGCAACACCCACUGAAGCAGAAUCAGCAACCACAGCCGUCCGCCUACAAACAUAAGCGAGAGACGCCAAAGGAUAAUGCUGACGGACAAUCGACCACCGGUGCACCGAAGGUAACCGUAGAUCCGAAACAACCGUCGGUUCUGCCGGCCGUCAUCGGUCAGGCACCGAAAACCAAGCGUGAUACCGUAGCUGCUCAGCCUGCUGCCCGUCCCUCCACAAACGCUCCACCAAAGGCUGCUACUUACAGCCAGCAGAGAAAAUCUCAAUCACCCCCACGUCCUACCGCCGCCAAGCUGAACCGUGACCAACCCUCUAACACUGCACAGUCGGCUACAAAUGCUAAGGCUCCGGCUGCCGCGAACCAACAAGGUUCCUCCUCGACCACAGCUAACCCGUCGAAGAAGUUGUAAAUUCGCUGAAAGGAAUACGAAAUGUUGGCCGAUAAUUUAAUUAUCGUUUUUUUAUUAAAAUGGUGUGUUUUCUUUUUCGCCAAAAAAUAAACACUUAGCAGUUGCAAUUUCAUAAAA